UAUGCGACAGCGCAAAAACGGAACCUUUAUGGCGAGAGAGAAAUAGAGAAACCGUUUCCGGGCGACGCCUCUGAGACAGCAGCCUCUUCGCUUUCCCAUUUCUCCGACUUGCGAGCCGAGCGAUCCCCAAUUUUGGUGCCACCAUGAUCCGUCACGCCGCCACUCGCUUGUUGAACCGAUCGGCAUCCGCCGCCGUCGCCGGAGGAUCGCGACGAUUCUCCACUGAUCUCGCCUCCGCGCCGUCCGCCGAUGAGGCCUUCGUGUCCGCCUGGACGAGGACGGUUCCUAACAUUGACCCGCCCAAGACGCCUCUCUCCUUCAUGCAACCUCGCCCGCCUACCCCUUCAUCUAUCCCCUCCAAGCUCAAAAUCAACUUCGUUUUGCCCUAUGCUUCCGAGUUCUCCAACAAAGAGGUUGACAUGGUUAUAGUACCAGCAACGACUGGACAGAUGGGUAUUCUUCCUGGACAUGUCGCAACAAUUGCUGAGCUAAAGCCUGGUGUUGUUUCUGUGCAUGAAGGAAAUGAUGUGAAGAAAUAUUUUGUUAGCAGUGGAUUUGUGUUUGUCCAUUCCAACUCAAUUGCUGACAUAAUGGCUAUCGAGGCAGUUCCCGUUGAACAAAUUGAUCCAAGCGCUGUGCAGAAGGGACUGUCAGAGUUCACACAAAAGCUCAACUCUGCAUCUACUGAUUUGCAGAAAGCUGAAGCACAAAUUGGUGUGGAUGUGUUCAGUGCUCUUAAUUCUGCUCUUACAGGCUAGGUGUGGCUUUCUCUUCUGCUCGGUUCAAUAAUUAUCUCCCGUUUUGUCUAUCUCGACAUUCCUCAUUAAAUCUUCCAAUUCCAUCCUUAAUCUAGUACUUUGAUUUUUAUAUUUUCUAUGCUGGAUAAUGGAAUGACAAGUCAUUCUUGAAACAAUUAUGUCACGCCCCUUAGGAAAAACCAGAGUGGCAACUGGCAAAUGCUUUUGUGAUGAGAAUCUCUCUCUGCAUCUCUCAUUAUUUGCAAUAUUAUGAUGUUCUUCUUCUUA